AUGAUUCGGUGGGCACCUGUUCUCUCGCUGAUUCUUCUAGCACAAGCCAAUGGACAGGAGGAAUCGAAAAACGAGAACACCACCCUCCGACCGGAUUGCGAAGUUUGGCAGCAUCAUUCUCCGAGAAGCCCCCAAGUGAUGCAUGGAAUUUACAGUUUUCUCGAGAGAAUCAACUGUGUAGUUCAAAGCUGUGUCUACUUAUGUGUUGAUAAGCGGAGAAGGAAUAGACAGCGAGGAGAAGGACCGCCGAUGGUUGAUGACGUUCCGAUGAAACCUUUGAAUCCAAUCAGAGAGCAGCCAGAGGAAGAAAUCCACGAAUUAGAAUAA